CUCUCUCUCUCUCUCUCUCUCUCUCUCUCUCCAUAGCCAUGGACUUGAACUAUCUGAUUCACAAAUCAAUGAGUUUGGUCAUCAUCCCUCUAGUUUUGGUCUCUCUAUGUUGGAUCUUACCUCUUCUCUUCCUUUUCAGGCUCAUCUUUUCCUUCUUCCAAUUCUUCUCCCAAGAGAACAUGGCGGGAAAAGUCGUCCUCGUCACAGGCGCCUCCUCAGGAAUCGGAGAGCAAAUGGCUUACGAAUAUGCAAAGAAAGGAGCUUGUUUAGUGAUAGUUGCGAGAAGGAAGAAGAAGCUAGAGGAGGUGGCAGCACAGGCUCGGGAGCUCGGCUCCCCUGAUGUUGUUGUUGUUUGCGGUGAUGUUUCGAAUAUCAAUGAAUGCAAGCAAUUUAUUGACGAAGCUAUCCACCACUUUGGUAGAUUGGAUCAUCUGGUGAAUAAUGCUGGAGUUACUGGCGGCUACCCAUUUGAAGAGAUCACAGAUAUUACAAAAUUUGCACUUCUAAUGGAUGUGAACUUCUGGGGCACUGUUUAUCCAACUUAUUUUGCAAUUCCUCACCUCAGGAAGACCAAGGGCAAGAUUUUUGUUAACUCAUCUUCUUGUGCAUUUCUGCAGCCACCAAGAUUGAGUUUCUACAGUGCAAGUAAAGCAGCAUUAAUAGGCUUCUUUGAGGCACUGAGAAUUGAGCUGGCUCCUUCAGUCACCAUAACAAUUGCCACUCUUGGUAUAAUAGAUUCCGAGAUGUCCCGGGGAAAAAUCUUAUCCAAGGAUGGAGAACUCAUACUAUCCCCAGAAAACAGCAAAGGUGUUUUUGAGGGAUUCCCAGUGAUGAACACUGAGCCAGCUACUAAGUCCAUUGUCGAUAGUAUCUGCCGAGGAGAAAGGUAUGUGACUGAGCCACAAUGGUACGGAGCGAUCCAUCUGCUCAAAAAUGGAUCAUGUACUUUAAGAAGAAAUCGAGCUUUGCAGAAAAAGCAGACUGAGAAUGCAUUUGGCAAUGUUUCUAAUGGGUCUUAAGUCCAGUGGUGUUUCAAUUUAGCAAGGUGUGCUCAGUGCUAAACUUCCUUAUGUGUCAUGGAUGUAGCUUUAAAGUAUUGUCUGCUGUGUGUUUCCAAAACAUGUUCUGUAUGUUCUUUGGAUCUGUUCCUUCUGAAAAUCAAGAGAAUAAACGGUUGAGUACUAUCACAGGUUGGAAAACUUA